AAUAUUAAUAUGUGAUCAACUUCUUUUGUUUAUUUAUUAUUGAGAGAGGGAGAUAGAGAGAGAGAUAUUACAUAUAUAUAUAUAAUAAUAAAUGGAGAAAGCAAAUAAGGGAGUGGUGAAGCAUUUGGUGAUAAUGAAGUUCAAAGAUGGAAUCUCAGAUGACCAAAUUGAACAAAUGAACAAGGAAUAUGCCAAUCUCCUUAAUCUAGUUCCAUCCAUGAAAGCCCUACAAUUGGGAAAAGUGGUAGAGAUGAGCCCUGGAAAUUAUAAGCAUGGAAAUGGAGGGUACACUCACAUAUUUGAAUCGACAUUUGAGAGUAUGGAAGGUGUAGCUGAGUAUACAUUUCAUCCUGCUCAUCUUCAUUUAGGACAUUUGUAUUCUCAUACCUUUGACAAAGUUCUAGUUUUUGACUACAUCAUACCAAUAACAACAAUUUCACCUAAUUCCUCCACAUCAUAAUAUUAUUAUUUAUUCAUAUUCAUCAUCACCCAAAACAAUAUAUUCAUAUAAAUUAUCUCAAUCUUUUAGGUUACACCAUAUAUAAAUAAAUAAUAAAAAUAUAUAAUAAUAGAAUGUGUUUGAUCAGAAUGAACAGUGUGUAUAGCUGUACAUCAUGAAAAAUGAAUAGUGAUGCUUAGUUAAAUUUCUUAACUAUUUAUUAUAAAUAGUCCCAAUAUAUAGCUGCUGUAAAAUACAUCAAUCUUUAAAUUUUUGAAGAAUUGAUCCAAAUUAAAAAGGCAGUAUAUACCAUAAAUUAUUUUUGUUUUAAA